GGGGUUUGAUUACCGAACGGCUGUGCGAGGAUUGUUUUAAAAUGAACUGGCAUGGAUUCUACAGCAGUGAUAAAAUAAAUAUAGCAUGAAGUAAAAAUUUUUCAGAUCAAACAGUGAAUAUGAUGUAAUGGGCACCGAUGGAAGUAAGAGCUGUAAGAAUCCACCACAGCACAAGGAGGAACAUCACUACCCAUCUGGAUGGCGUGGCUUUCUAUCCAGUUUGGGCGCCUCAGUUCCUUCAGGAUUGCACAUCAGGUCACGGCGGAUGAUUCGGGACGAGAGGACACCUGUCCCGGAGUAUGUUCUGUCUUCUCUACCAGGCCCUGAGAAACUGCAUGUAGAAUGGAACCUUCCCAUUUUUAUCAACAUGUUCUUACCUGAGUUUCCCCACCGCAGCAUCCCUGGACACACUCACUUCCAGAUUCUGGGCUACAUUGCAAAAGGAUCAUUUGGUCCCAUCUUAAAGGUGAAGGACAAGUCAAAACAAAAGACAUAUGCCGUUAAGGUCAUCCCGAAGUCUGAGAUUCUUCGUCUGGGUGUGUUGGACCAGUCUAAGGAAGAGGUGAUAGUCCAGCGUCAGGUCCGCCACCCUUUCGUCCACGACCUGCAGGACUGCUGGCAGACCCAGCACCAUCUCUAUAUUAUGUGUGACUACUGCAGCACAGGAGACUUAUACACCUACUGGGUGAUGAUCGGGCACUUUGGAGAGGAUGCAGUUAAGGUGUUUGCUGCUGAGCUCGGUUCUGCUCUAGGGUUUCUUCACGAUUUCGGAAUCAUCCACCGUGAUGUUAAGAUGGAGAAUGUUCUUUUAUCAGACCAGGGGCAUUUACGCCUGGCUGAUUUCGGUUUGUCCCGGAGGCUCGAACAGGGAGGAAGGGCCUUCACUAUCUGCGGGACGAUUCAAUACAUGGCUCCUGAAGUCCUGAGCGGGGGUCCGUACAGCCACGCCGCUGAUUGGUGGUCACUCGGGAUCCUGCUCUUCGCAUUGGCUACCGGCAAGUUCCCUGUACCCCCAGAGUCAGAUCACUGCUACAUGCUGAGGAAAGUGCGCUGCUUCCCUUAUGAGAUGCCCAGAAGCUUCUCUCCUCCCUUUGCCCUGUUGUUGAGUGAGCUGCUGUGUAAGACCCCGACCCGGCGCCUGCGAACACUGGAGCGCUUCAAGCGCCAAACCUAUUUUCGUGGCACUUCAUUCGACUCGCAGCUCUUGCAGAAAAGCCCAAUGAACCUGAUCCUGGAACUGAAGAAGCAUCCCGACCGCCCUGUCAGAGCCUGCCGAGGUCUGACCCUCGAACCAUUUCCCAAUUUUGACUUUGACUGUGAUUUUCUCAGACAUUCGACCUCUACCUCUGCUCAAGAAACCUUAACGCUGGCCAACGUGUAACUAGUGGAGGCUCAGGACCAAGGGCAUGUACCUCAGGGCAAUGUUCCAUAGGGAGCAUUCCACAUUUUUGUAGCGAGAAGCUAUGUAAUGUUGUUAGUUUGAAGUGUGUGCCACCGGAUUUUUUGUACAUUCCAUCAUUUUCAUAAUAUAUUAUUUCAC